CAGGGUUGCAGAUAAGCCAGGUUAUUUAGUACCUUCGUCUGCCUCUACCCGUUCAAUCUCUUUCAACUCCCAAACACCCGACGGUGAGACCUACGCCACAUUCCUUCUGCCCCCACCUGACCAUAUCAAUCUCCUUCACAUCUCAACGGAUCUCACGCGAUUGUCUCCUGUCGAAAUUGAAACAAAAAAUAAGGAAAAAAAGGGGAAGGGAAAGAAGAAGAAAGUAACGGAAGAUCUUGAUCACUCUCUGUACCGAAGUCUAAAAGGAAUUAAAGAAAAGGACAGUCUCAUUAGGAGAACUGCGGUUUUGUGGAGGGCUAGCCACAAAAUGCCUCGGACGAUCAAUUCCCAACUACCCAGUUGUUCCUUUUAGCAAUAUGUCGUGUUGCCGAGCCUAUCGCUUUAACUUCCAUCUUCCCAUACUCAUGGGUGAUGGUCAAGGACUUCAAUGUGGCGAACGGAUCUGAUGCCUCCUUCUUUGCUGGUAUCCUCGUCUCAGCUUUCUCACUAGCCGAAGCGCUCACCGGCAUGUUCUGGGGUAGCCUCUCAGAUCGUAUCGGCCGUAAACCUGUCCUACUCACCGGUUGUUUUGGCACCAUGGCGUCCCUACUCCUUGUGGGCUUUGCGUCGAAUUUUUGGGUAGCCCUCUUUGGGCGGGCCCUCGGAGGUAUCUUAAAUGGGAAUAUUGGUGUCAUCCAGACCAUGGUGGGUGAAUUGGUUAAGAGACCUGAGCAUGAACCUCGAGCGUAUGCUGUAAUGCCAUUUGUCUGGUCAAUUGGCACAAUCAUUGGGCCAGCUAUUGGAGGUUUGCUUGCAAAGCCUGCUGAAGGGUUCCCUUCCUUGUUUUGUGCCAACGGCCUCUUUGGAAGAUUCCCUUACCUUCUCCCUAACCUUGUUUGUUCUGUCUUACUCCUUUUUAGUAUUAUCUUCAGCUGGCUCUUCCUGCGAGAGACUCACCCCGAUAUGCAACCAUGGAACAUUACCGAACACUUUGACAACAGAUCCGCAGAACGCCCUCUUCUAGCGACUGCUGGAGCGACUGCCAAUGCAGGAGCGGACCUACGAGCCGAAUCAUAUGGGACUUUUAAUCAGGUCCAUCUUUACGACGAUGAAGAUUGGACUGUGCGCGCAGAUGGUUCAAAGCCUGAGAAGAGUCCACAACAUGAGACCAUCUUUACAAAACGAGUCAUGAUGCUAAUAAUGGCACUGGCAAUCUUCACCUACCACUCGAUGACUUACGACCAUUUAUUACCUAUUUUCCUGCAAGACAAGAACGCUUCGGACAUUUCUGCCGUUGCAGACUCGAUAUUGAAAUUCCCCGGCGGUGUCGGGCUUUCGACCAGAACAGUGGGUCUGAUCAUGUCUACCGACGGUAUUAUUGCACUCUUCAUUCAAAGUAUCAUUUUCCCUGCUUUGGCACAUUAUCUAGGUGUGUGGAAACUCUUCGUGAUUGUGACCAUCCUUCAUCCGGUGGCCUAUUUCAUGGUUCCAUUCCUCAUAUUCCUACCUCGAAGUCUGUUAUUCUUUGGUAUCUAUACAUGUUUGAUCGUUCGCAACAUCCUUUCAAUCAUCGACUACCCGGUUUUGUUGAUUCUGAUCAAGCAAGCAAGUCCUUCCGACUCGGUUCUAGGGAAGAUUAAUGGCCUUGCUGCUUCUGCCGGUGCUGCUUCUCGCACCAUAGCCCCUCCCGUCGCUGGUUAUCUGUACAGCACCGGUGCGAAAAUUGAUUGCACUGCACUUGCGUGGUGGGGGAGUACGCUAGCUGCAAUCGUCGGUGCCGUGCAACUGUGGUUCAUGGAGCGAAAGAAACAUUCGUCCGCUACAGUUCAACCGGCCGCCCCCUGCCACUAUCUUCCAAAUGAGACACAACCACGGAGAGGCACUGUCCAUAUAAUAGUCACAGACGAUCCAAGCAGAGUGGCGACUGUCUAAUGAUAUGAGGCCAACGAACAAAUUUUACAGGCAAUAGCUAGAUCCCUAGAUCAUUACACUGGAGAAGUGGAAGAAGUGGGCCUGGUUGAUGGCAUCUUAAUCGAUUGACUAACUUUCAUGUAAUUGGCGUUGGAAUAGUUCUUAUGCGUUUUUCUUUUUACGCCACGAAUGUACAUGAUGAGCAAAAAGUUCCGAGGUUUGUGCAUGAGCGAUUGCACGGCAUUCUAGUGCUGUACAUAAUAAUACUAUAUAUAGUAUUUAUAUCUUAGCUUAGUUCCUCGUCUUUUCCUACAUUACACCAUAGAUAAAUCUUACCCUAGCCCCAAGGAACAACUCUGUAUAUAUCCCACGAAUAUACUAUAUAAACUUCACCGAUGAAGCUACUUCCAACCAGAACACUCGGGAAGCAUGGGGUCCU